AUGUCCGGUUUGAGAACUUUUGAUGCGUUUCCCAAAACGGAGGAUCAGCAUGUCAAAAAGUCUUCAAAAGGUGGUGUUUCAUCCAUUUUGACCUAUCUUUUUCUAGCAUUCAUCGCCUGGAGCGAGUUUGGCAGCUUUUUUGGAGGAUACGUUGACCAACAAUACGGGGUUGCUAGUGAUGUUCGAGAGACCGCACAGAUCAAUAUGGACCUAUUUGUUCACACGCAGUGCAAGUGGCUAAGUUGUUUCGCUUCUGAUAUCACCGGAGACCGGAAAUUAGUGCAAAAGGAACUAUCCUUUGAGGACAUGCCAUUUUACUUUCCCUAUGGAACCAACGUUAACGAUAGAAACGAAAUCAGAACUGCUGGUUUGGAUGAGAUUCUUUCAGAAGCCAUUCCGGCUCAGUUUCGUGAAAAACUGGACCUUUCAGCCCUGGCCGAGAACCAGGAAUUUGACGGGUGUCAUAUUUUCGGCUCGAUCCCGGUGAAUAUGGUACGAGGAGAUCUCAUCAUUACAGUACGUGGUUUCAGUCUUUCCGAUUUCCAAAGAACACCGGUUGAAGCCAUCAACUUUUCCCAUGUGUUCAAUGAGCUUUCUUUCGGCGACUUUUAUCCGUACAUUGACAAUCCGCUCGACAAAACAGGACGUCUCACCAAUGAACCUGGUACUAGCUAUCGCUACCACACUUCAGUAGUUCCUACCACUUAUAGAAAACUGGGUGCCGAAGUUUACACCAAUCAGUACUCUUUGGGCGAAAAAGAGUCUACAGUUCCUAUUCACAAUGCCAGAAGAGGGCCCGUGGUUGGUAUUACUCUUUCAUACAAUUUUGAAGCACUGUCGAUAACCAUAAGUGACGAACGUAUUUCAUUUUGGCAGUUUAUCGUGCGCUUGGUGGCUAUACUAUCGUUCAUUGUCUACAUCGUAUCCUGGACGUUUAGGCUCACCGACAAGCUAUUGGUGGUCACUUUGGGUCCCAAGUGGUCGCUCCGCUACCAGAACGACACUCGUCAAAAUCCUGGAAUCUUACAAUAG